AUGUAAACCAUGAACAAAGACUAAGUUUUCACUUCGACUGCUGAUAUCCAUCAAUUAUACAACUUUGGGAAGGUGUUGGGAGUUGGCUCAUUUGGGAAAGUAUUAUUAGCGAAAAUGAAACAGAACUCUGAAAAACAAUAUGCUAUUAAAGUAAUUGAUAAGAGGAGAGUAAAAGGCAAAGAGGCAUUGCUUGCUAAUGAAAUAUUCGUCUUACAAUAACUUGAUCACCCUAAUAUCAUUAAAUUUUAUGAAGUUUAUUAGAGUCCUCUAUAUUUCUAUAUUUGUAUGGAUUAUUGUUAAGGAGGCGAGCUCGUUGAGAGGAUAGCCAAAUAAUAAUCAACUCUAUCUGAAGGUUAAGUCUAGACUAUCUUAUAAAAAAUUUGUUCAGCCAUUGUUUACAUCCAUGAUUUAGGUUUGGUACAUCGUGAUAUAAAGCCUGAGAAUAUUAUGUUUAGUGAAAAGGAUAUCUAUUCGGAACCAAAGUUGAUAGAUUUUGGAUUGGCAAACAAGUAUGACACUACUCACAUAAAACGGUUGAAGACAUUUGUUGGAACACCUCUCUACUUACCGCCUGAAGUAAUUGAUGGUGAAUAUGAUGAAAAAUGUGAUGUAUGGAGUUUAGGAGUUAUGCUAUUUAGUUUGUUAUGUGGCUAUCCACCUUUCUAUGGCAAAAACAGAGCCUAAUUGUAUGAAAAUAUCAAAACACAAACUCUUGUAUUUGAUAGACGUCAUUGGAGAAAUAUCAGUGAAUAAGCAAAAGAUCUAAUUUAAAAAAUGCUCAUGAAAACACCAAAAAAACGAUUGUCGGCCAGAGAAUGUCUCAAACAUGCUUGGUUCGAAAUGCAAUUUUAGAAUGUAAAAGUUCAUAGAGAAAAGAGUUAAUAACUAUUAACUUAGACUCAUGAAGAUAAUAGAACUAUUUAUUAAAUGCUCAAAAUGUUUAGAGGAGGAGCCAAAUUUAAAAAAGAAGUUACUAAAGUUCUCGUUAACUAAAUGAAUGAGAAGGAAUUACACCAUCUCAAACAGGUCUUCCAAAAAAUAGAUGUUGACAAUUCUGGAACCAUCACCAUUGAAGAAUUAAGGGAAGCACUCUAAUAAGAGGGAUCUCCUGCUUCCUUGGAAGAAAUAGAAUAAAUCAUCUAAACCAUAGUAUUGGAAGAAGAUGAAGGGGAGAGCAACAACUUGGAAAUGGACAAAGAACCUUCCCCUCUUGUUAUCAAAUACACUGACUUUUUGGCUGCCUGCAUUGAUGAAAGGAAGGUCUUGACCAGAGAAAAAUUAUGGUCACUGUUUAAGUAUUUUGAUACUUUGAAUGUCAAUUAUAUAACCAAAGAGGAUAUUAAGGAGGCCUUGGCUAGACAUGGAAGACAGAUGUCAGAUGAGAAAAUCGAUUAGAUGAUUCAGGAAAUUGAUCCUAAUCAUGAUAAUAAGAUCAGCUUUGAUGAGUUCUUAUAAAUGAUGGGGGUUGCAGGCAUUGAGCAAACUAUGAAUAUUAGAGAUGAAGUCAAAGAAAUUGAGAUAUAAAGUUGA